CAAAAAUUAAAAAAAAAAAUCGAUGUAUCGAUGUCACAAUCGGUUUUUUUUGCACUUCUAAUCAGCUGUAGAAAAGUUUGUAUUUUGUUUGCGCUGCAAUUUAAAACAAAAAUUGCAUUUUCAUAAAUGGAAAUCACUUUGGCGUUGCUCAAACCUCACGUGGUUCGCAAUGUCUACGCAUUCCAGCAGAUCAAGCAAAUAAUUCAGGAAAACUUCACCGUGCUGCACUCGAAGGAGGUUCAUAUUACGAAACAGUUGUCGGAACAUUUCUAUGCAGAACACAAAGGCAAAUUCUUCUACAAUAGAUUGGUUACAUUCAUGGGCAGCGGUCCCUGCCACGCGUUCAUCCUACAAUCGAAAGACAGCAUAGCUAAGUGGCGCGGUCUAAUGGGACCCACGAAAGUUUACAGGGCUGUAUAUUCCCACCCAGAUUGUAUACGCGCACUGUAUGGUUUGUCUGAUACGCGUAAUGCAUGUCAUGGUUCUGAUAGCCAAGAAUCGGCGACACGUGAGAUUUCUAUAAUAUUUCCAGAAUUAGAUGAAAAUCAAUUUACAACGGCUGAUAGCUAACAGAAGAAGAAAUAGCUGAAAGGCACACUUUGUUAGAUUCGGAACUGAAAAUACUAUGCUUCCUUGAUUCCCUU